UUUGGGAAAGACAUUACUGUGAAAGCUUCCCUAAAAAUGCAUCAGGUCAUGCACACCAGAGAGAGACCAUUCAGCUGUGACGAGUGUGGAAAGUCUUUUUCCUGGAAGAAAGCCCUAAAAAGACACCAUCUCAUCCACAGUGGACUUAAAGCGUACAGCUGUGAUGAGUGUGGAAAGUCUUUUACCCACUCUGGAAACUUAAAAGCACACCAACUGAUCCACACUGGAGAGAGACCGUUCAGCUGUGAUGAGUGUGGAAAGUCUUUUACCCACUCUGGAAACUUAAAAGCACACCAACUGAUCCACACUGGAGAGAGACCGUUCAGCUGUGAUGAGUGUGGAAAGUCUUUUACCCACUCUGGAAGCUUAAAAACACACCAACUGAUCCACACUGGAGAGAGACCAUUCAGCUGUGAUGAGUGUGGAAAGUCUUUUACCCACUCUGGAAGCUUAAAAGCACACCAACUGAUCCACACUGGAGAGAGACCGUUCAGCUGUGAUGAGUGUGGAAAGUCUUUUACCCACUCUGGAAACUUAAAAGCACACCAACUCAUCCACACUGGAGAGAGACCAUUCAGCUGUGACGAGUGUGGAAAGUCUUUUAGCAAGUCUGGAAGCUUAAAAAUACACCAACUCAUCCACAGUGGAGAGAAACCAUUCAGCUGUGACGAGUGUGGAAAGUGUUUUACCCACUCUGGAAACUUAAAAUCACAUCAACUCAUCCACAAUGGAGAGAGACCUUAUAAAUGUGACCUGUGUGAGAAAACUUUUAAAUCUCCACAUUCUCUGAGACGACACCAACAGAUCCACACCAGAGAAACAGAUCAGGGAGCAGAGACCCACGUGGUUCACGCUGAUCUCAGCUCCGAUCCAGGAGACAAGGGUGGGCAGAUCGAUGCAGAUAUCGAUCCAGACGUUGAGUGGCGUCCCGGCUGCAUUGGUCACAUCCUACUCGACCUCGACCUCACAUCUCAGAAGGAAGGACACUGGAAGACAGUCAGCAAUUUGGCACUGUCAGGUUCAGUGACAAAAACCUAA